AUGCUUGCAGGACUCAUGCAUCUUAGCAAUCUCACAAAAAUCGCAUUAAGACAUUAUAUAGGUUUCGAUACAGGAAAUAAUUAUUCUAAAGGUGAUACGGAAACAGAAGACUCAGAAUCUGAUCACAACCCAGAGUCGGAAUCGGAGUCUGCAGAAAAUGAUGAAAUAUCUGAUAUUAUCAAUAUGUAUAGUUACUAG